AUGCCGCCGCCUCCGCAAACGGGAGGAAUGCCAGAUAUCCAGGCCAUUCAUGCGCUCUUUUCCGCCCUAGGACCGAAUGCAAUGGCAAUGCUCAGCUCGAUACCACCACUGGCAAUGCACUACGCACCUCCUCCGAGUCUGCAGCCACCAGUUGCACCUCCUCCACCGGUGAUUGACCCCCAGCUUCAACAACCUGGAGAAAGCCCAUUAAACGAGGUCUUGCGACGGCUCCAAAACCUCGAGGAGUCCCUCAAGCGGCCACACGACAACGACGACAACGAUGCUGAUGACGAGGAAGAUGGAGGUACCGUGACCAAGCGGCUUAGCAAGAAACCAAGGAAGGACAGCAAGUUUAUCCUGAACAUCAGGACCAGUCAGUUGACGCCGGCGCAGAAAACAACAAGAGCGGAACUUCAGGAUUGUGUCCGUAUAGCAAUCUACAACCUCACCGGUAUUGUCGCAUCAGAAAUUGGAAAACCACGGGACGACGAGGAUUCCGACAGAGAGUCUGACACUGACGACGAACGUGACGAGACUUCCGCGCUGCUGAAAUUUGAUUUCACUGCAGAUGUCAGCGCUCCGGCUAAUCAGACAGUCUGUGAGCGUGCCGCAGGGAUUGUAUGGAGUGAACAGCAGCCUGUGGAGAAGACGUCCAAUUUGACACACAAGGAUGUGAAGUUCAACAAAGCUGACGUGCUAGCUUUCGCAAAAGAUAAGUUCCGCAACUACAAAAGGAAGUACGAGGAACGCACCCACGAGGAAAAAGGUAAAAAACGACAGGUUACAAAGCGGCGAACAAAACGGCGUGAGCGCCAGCGCAAGAGAAAAAAUGACCGUUUGAAGGCCAUCAAACUCUUCAAAAAGCGGAACGAGGGGCAAGAUCCAUCUGCGCUAUUGGAGACUGACUUUAUGUCCGACGAGCUCUCCCAGCUGGACACCGACAACGAGGCAAGAAAACGGACACGUCGGGAGGAGCUUGAGAAGGCAGCACAACUGACAACUGCAGAGGUGAAGGAUGGAGUUGCUAUCUGGGAGGUUGUAAGGCAUGGGUAUCGAUCGAAAGAGUUGAACACCAUCAUGGACAAGCUUGACGACAUACGUGCCGAACAACGGAAGAAAAUGGGCAAUAACACAACACGGACAAGACGUGUAAACCUCGGCAACACAAACCCGGCUCCUCCCCAAUUGCCUAUAUUUCCCUUCAUGCUCGAUACUGAUUGGUACAAGACAUACAUGGCCGAUAAUCCUGGUGCGACUGUGGCCGUUCUCAAAAAGGAUCCAGCAGGAUUUGGCACGCGAGUGGCCGACGAGGCGAAUCAGGAACAGGAAGAUGACCUAGGAGCCGAUGCAGAUAUUCACGAGAGGGAGGGAACCGUCCAAACUGACGAUGAUUGGAACUAA